AGAGAGACUCACAGCACAGGUCACACAACACAGCCUUCUUUCUUCUCAAUCAAAGUUUCUUCUCCGUCAGUCAGUCCGUGUCGCUUCUCAACUACGAGCGAGCGAGAGAAAGACGCUAAGAGAGAGAACGGAUCCUGAAGUGUUUGGCUGAUCCGAUCAUCUACUCAUACCACCGGCGAUAUCACUCGCUCUUAGCGUCACCAGUUGAAGAACAUUGGUGUUUUCCCCACAACAAUAACUGUUGAUUGAAGAAAUUAGAAAAGAAAACUAGCAUCAUGGUGAGUUCUGAAUCCAAAAGAAGAGUGGCAUUUGUUUUGAUUGACGGACUGGGUGAUGUUUCCUUACCAAUGCUCGGCUUUAAGACACCCCUUCAAGUUGCAAAAACUCCCAAUUUGGAUGCCAUUGCUUCUGCUGGAGUUAAUGGUUUGAUGGACCCUGUUGAAGUAGGCCUUGCUUGUGGAAGUGAUACUGCUCAUCUUUCUUUGCUCGGUUAUGAUCCUCGAGUUUAUUACAAAGGCCGAGGUGCAUUUGAAUCGAUGGGUGCUGGAUUAGCCAUGUCUCCAGGAGAUAUCGCUUUCAAGUCAAACUUUGCCACCCUAGAUGAAAAUACUGGAAUAGUUAUCAGUAGGAGGGCUGAUCGUCACUUUGAAGAGGAAGGCCCUAUUUUCUGUGCGGCUUUGGAUGGAAUGAAACUGCCGUCAUUCCCCGAGUAUGAAGUUAGAGUGAGGUAUGCCACAGAACACAGAUGCGGAGUUGUUGUUAAAGGUCCGAAGCUAAGUGGAAACAUAUCUGGGACAGAUCCACUCAAAGAUAAUCGCUUACUCCUGCAAGUUGAAGCCCUAGAUGAUACCGACGAAGCAAAGCAUACAGCAACCGUCGUCAAUGAGUUAUCCAGAGAGAUAUCUAGAAUCUUGAUUUCUCAUCCACUGAAUGCAAAACGGGCAGCAGAGGGGAAGACUAUCGCCAAUGUUGUUCUCUUAAGGGGGUGUGGUAUUAGAAUUCAGGUUCCUUCUUUUGAAAAGAAACACGGACUUUGGCCAUGUAUGGUUGCUCCAACAAAGAUCAUUGCUGGCCUAGGCUUAUCUCUUGGCAUAGACAUUCUAGAGGCUCCUGGAGCAACAGGUGAUUAUAGGACACUACUAACUUCAAAGGCAACCGCCAUUGCGAACGCACUUUCGGCUCCUCUUCAAACUUGCCCUUGCGUAUUUGUACCUGGGAAAGAUGAGUAUAACGCAGGCAGACCUGACGGUUACGAUUUUGGGUUUCUUCAUAUUAAGGCCAUAGACGACGCAGGUCAUGACAAAGCAAGCUUAUUCAAGGUUAAAGGAUUGGAGGCGGUUGAUCGGGCUAUAGGACAACUGGCAAAGCUCCUUUGGCAGGCUGAAAAGUGUGGUGGCUUUCAAUACUCCCUUUGCAUAACGGGAGAUCACUCGACCCCGGUUGAGUAUGGUGACCAUAGCUUUGAACCGGUCCCAUUUACACUCUGCCAUUUAAAGGACUUUGUGGGAGCAUUGGGUGGGGAGACUGCAAUUAUGGAGACUUCACUGGAUCCAUUCCCUCUUCCAACUGUUAAAGCUGGAGAUGGUUUUGAGGUAGAGGAUGAAGUGGAUAGAAGCGAAAAGGUUAAAGCUUAUGCUGGAGAUUCAGUAUUUGAGUUUGAUGAGUUAUCCGCGGCUAGAGGGUGCCUUGGCCGCUUUCCUGGUGGUGAGAUGAUGGGAACUAUAAGGGCAUUCCUUGAGCUUAGGCCAUGACUGACUGACCCUUCCUUCAUAUGUAUGUUCUCUUUUGGUGCUCCUUUCCUUAGAUCAAACUAUGUAAUAAGAGUCUGACUGUUGUUUUGGUUUGGGUUGAUCUAAGUUAGAGUUAUAAUAAAAUAAAACAACAGGAGGCGGGCUGUUGUGCCAUAAUCCUAGGACAAAAGGGAAACAUAUUUGUUUCUCUUGUAA